AUGUGUGAUGAUGAUACACAACUAUUAUACAAGAGAUUGAAAAAUGAAUACGAUGAGCUAUUCAGAGUAAAGGAGGAGAACAAUCUAGAGAUACAUCCUAUCUUUAAUGUAUUACCUUCAAAAAAGGAAUAUCCUGAUUAUUACGCUUUAGUUAAAAAUCCAAUCUCUUUUAAUACUUUGAAAAAAAGAUUACAAGGUUAUAACGAUCCACAACUAUUUGUUAACGAUGUGGCAUUUAUUCCUUGGAAUGCAAAACUUUAUAAUACUCCUACUUCAGUAAUUGUAAAGUAUGCAAAUAUUUUAGAAAAUCAUAUUAGAAAUUCUUUAGUUCCAAAUUUAAGAAAAUUUUAUCCAAAUUUAUAUUUCCCAAAUUUAGGUAAUCCACUGGAUUCAUUGAAUUUACAAAGUAAUACUAAUUUUAACAAUAAUAUGGUAAAUAUACAGCAGCAAUUACCUCAACAACAACAACAACAACAACAACAGCAGCAGCAGCAACAGUUUAUUCAACAACCACAACCGCAAGUGAAGCAAGUACAAAUACAACAACCUCAACCCCAACAGCCUCAACCUCAGCAACUUCAGCAACCUCAAACAAAAUUUGUAAAUAUCAAUAAUGGAAAUAAUAACUUCAAUAACAAUAAUAUGAACAUGAAUGUAGUAAAUACACAAAAUUUACAAAUGAGACCAGCCACAACAACAAUGCAACAGGUACAAAUUAAUCCUCAGGAUUUGAAUAACAGUCAAGGUUCAAUGACAUUUAUGAGAACUUCCUUAAAUAAUUCAGGAGAUUCUCCAUCGUUUUCGUCCGCGCCAAUUUCACAAUCUACAACCCCACAACCAAUGUCAUCAUUCAGACAGUCUCAACCACCUCAACAAUUGCAAAUACAACAACAAAAUUCAAAACAAAAGAGAACUCAUGUAAGGCGUGGUAGACCCCCUGUAAUAGAUCUUCCGUAUGUCCAAAGAAUUAAAAAUAUUUUUAAGAUGUUAAGAAAAGUUGUAGAUCAAGCUGGAGAACCAUUAACUCUUACAUUCGAGAAACUACCAAGUAAAGAAUCAUUUCCUCAAUAUUAUCAACUAAUAAAAAAUCCAAUAUCUCUUGAAGAUAUAAGGAAGAAAGUGAAAACAAGAAAAUACAAAGAUUUCAAGACUUUCCAUGAUGAAAUGAAUUUAAUGCUUUCGAAUUAUAAGAUUGCAAACCUUAAUAGUCCUCAUAACCUUAAAAGACAUGCUCUAUUGGAAAAAGAUUUUAAUUUAAUGGUAGAACAGGAACUAAGCAAACCUGACACUGACUACAUGCCAGAAGGUGAAGUAAAAUACCCUCUGGAUAGUAUUCAAAUUCAGGGAAAAAUAUAUAAUAUUGGUGAUUGGGUUUUAUUAGCAAAUCCAAAUGAUCCUUCAAAGCCUACUGUUGGUCAAGUUUUCAAGUUUUGGAAAACCCCUGACGGUAAGCAAUGGCUAAAUGCUUGUUGGUAUAUUAGACCAGAACAAACAGUUCAUAGAGUUGAUAGACUAUUUUACAAAAAUGAAGUUGUCAAGACUGGUCAAUAUAGAGAUCAUCUCAUAGAAGAUAUACUAUGUCAAUGUUACGUGGUUCAUUUUACAAGAUAUCAGCGUGGUGACCCAGAUGUAAAAGUUGAUGGUCCAUUAUUUGUUUGUGAAUUCCGUUACAAUGAAAAUGAUAAAGUAUUUAAUAAGAUCAGAACAUGGAAAGCUUGUUUACCGGAAGAAAUUCGUGACCAUGAAGAAGUUACUAUUCCUGUAAAUGGUAGAAAAUUUUUUAAGUAUCCUUCUCCACUGAGGCAUCUGUUACCUGCAAAUGCUUCAAUCAAUCAACCUCUACCAGAUCCAACAUUAGGUUCGAAGAAUGGCCCACCUUUAAUGGGUGCAGUUUACUUGAGGCCCAAAAUUUCGAAAGAUGAUUUAGGUGAAUAUUCUACGUCUGAUGAAUGUCCUCGUUAUAUUAUAAGACCUGGUGACCCAUCUGAACCUGGACUUGUUAAUUAUGAGACGGGUACAUUAGUGACCAAUACAACUACUGCAAACUCUUUACCAAGAACAGGUAAUUCAAGUGUUAAGAUGACUGCAAUGAAGAACAUAAAGACAACAACCACACCUCCUGUAUCUAAAGCAAUGACAUCCUCACCUGUAAUCAAUACAGUCAGACAAAAUAUUACAAAGCCAGUUCAACAACCAAAACAUACUGAUGAAAUAAUGUCAGGCAAAACAAUUGAGAAGUUGAAGGUAGCGAAAAGACAAAAUUUAAAGGAAUAUCAAAUGAACAAAAGGAAGCCAAAUAAUCACAAUUUAUCAAAAAUGGUUAAUAACUUAACUAGUAAAGCUUCAAAAAAUAGUGUGGGCCAAAUUAUAGUUGAGACUACGGGUGCUUAUGUGAUACCUAUUUCUAUAAAUAACGAUACUGAAUUUCUUCAUAGAUCAGAUUACAACAGCCAGGUUAGAAGAUAUGGCAAAAACAAUGUUGUCAAGGGUAGGAAUAAUAGGGGAGAGGUUUUAUGGUUUCCAGGACCAUCUGUUAAUGUAAGUGAAAGACUUUUGAAUAGUGAUGAUCCUAACUUUACGAUAUCUUUAAAUAGAUGGAUGAAAUCAAAAAGAAUGGAUUAUGAUGAGGUUGAAGAACCUUUAGGAGAAGGAGAAGGAGAAGGAGAAGUUACGGAAGGAGAGACAAUGGAAUCUGAUGAUAAAGUUACAUUACCUCAUAAGGUAUUGAUGGGAAUUAGACCAUCAUCUAACUAUAUAGCAUAUAAAUUACGACAAGGGUCGCCUAUUUAA